AGGAAUUAUUGCUUCCAAUGACAGUCUUUAGUUUUUGCCAAUUCCAGUAAAUAAGACUCAAAUUAAUUUUUCUAUUCGCAUUUUCAUUUCAUUUUCUUUGUAAUAAUUUCCUAAUAAGAAUCAUCCAGUUGGCGUGUUUAUUUCUUGCUACUAUAUAAAUCACCAUUUUCUUUUGUCUUUUUAACUUCUCUGGUAUUCUAAAUGCUAUCAACAGCUUCUAUUAUCUUCUUUAUCAUAGGAAAACGAAAAACGCCAAUGUUGCUUGUUAGCUCUUGUUUCCUCAUAGGUUCUUCUUUUAUCGUCAGUGGAUUUUUCAGUCUCUCAAUAGCUUAGUACUUUGAGCGUUUCACCCCCAAAAAUUUUCUCUACAGCGUGAGUAGCAUUGUGGGUUUGGAGAGAGCUUAGGUGAACAUGGGUAGGAAGAAGAAGAUAAAUAAGGAAGAGAUUGCUGAGGAAUGGUGUUUUGUUUGCAAAGAUGGAGGUUUUAUGAGGGUUUGCGACUACAAGGAUUGUGUUAAAGCAUUUCAUCCCCAAUGUGUGGAAAAUGAUGAUUCCUUCUUGGAGAGUGAAGAUCCCUGGACCUGCAAGUGGCAUUUUUGCUUCAUUUGCAAGAAUACUCCAAAAUUUCACUGCUUUUGCUGUCCAAAAGCUGUAUGUGGACGCUGCCUCUGCGAAGCUGAGUUUGUUGCAGUUAGAAUGAAACGAGGAUUCUGUAUUCACUGCUUAACACUUGCAAGAUUUAUAGAAGGAAUAAAGAAUUCUGAUUCUGAUGAGGUGAAGAUGGACUUCAAUGAUCAAGAUACAUAUGAAUUCAUGUUCAGGUAUUACUGGGAAAAAGUUAAACAAAAAGAAGACUUAACUUCAGCACAUGUCCGUUAUGCAAACAAUUUGUUUAAUAGUGGUAGAAAUGCUGGAAACUUAUAUGAUUCAGAUGAUAUUUCUGAAGGGGAAGAAGAUGUUAGCGAAUUUGAAGAUGAAAAUAUAUUUGAUAUUAAUGAUUUGAACAAUAGAAAAGGACAUAAAGCAGUGAAUAAGGUGAAAAGAAACGAGGGAAAUACUUAUACAACAAAAAGAAAGGUGAAGUCAACAAAAAACGAGUUCAAUGGAUGGGGAUCAAAACUCCUCUUUGACUUCCUUGCUUCCAUUGGUAAAGACACAACCCAACAAUUAUCACAAUAUGAUGUUACUAGCAUCAUAGAAAGAUACUGCAUUGAACACAAGCUUUUUCACCCAGAGAAAAAGAAGAAAAUUAUACGUGAUGUAUGGUUGAAAUCUCUUCUAGGAAGGCAAUCAGUUAAUAGGAAUAGUAUACAUAGCCUUUUGACACCCCAUUUUGCUGAGAAUUUUGAGCAAUCAGAAGAUGAGUAUGGAUAUGGUUCAAAAGAUAAGGAUGAGAAUAUCUCAAUAGCAUGUAAAAGGCAGCGAAACUCAAGCAGAGGUAGAAAGUCUCAGGCCAAAGAAGCAGUGCCAGAUGUGCAGCAAGGCUAUUUUGCAUCUAUCAUCACUGAAAACAUCAGGCAUCUCUACUUGAAUAGAAGUUUGGUGGAGGAGCUGUCAAAGCAACCUGAGACAUUUAAUGCUAAGGUAAUAGGAAGUUUCGUGAGAAUAAGAUCUGAUCCAUUUGACUAUUCACAGAAAAAUUAUCAUCAGCUUCUGAGAGUGACAGGCAUAAAGAGAACUUCAGGAGACGAAGCGAAUUCAGAUAUUCUCCUACAGGUUUCCAAUAUGCCAAAAGACAUACCCACUUGUAAGCUAUCAGAAGAUAACUUCUCUAAGGAAGAAUGUGAGGAUUUGCGACAAAGGGUGGAACAUGGUAGACUAGGGAGACCUACUGUUGUGGAUUUCAAGGAAAAGGCCACAAGUCUCCAUGAGGUUAUAACAAAACAUUGGAUUGUGAAAGAGCUGGCUCGAUUGCAAAAAUGUAUUGAUCAGGCAAAUGAGAAGGGAUGGAGAAGAGAGUUUUCUGAGUACAUGGAAAGGUUGAAGCUGCUUCAGACACCAUCAGAACAAGCACGGUUGUCAGACGAGGUUCCAGAAAUAAUUGCAGAUGAAGCAGAAAUUGAACCUGCUGACAAGGACUUGAACAGGAAGGAUGAGAAGGAAAACAAUACCUCACCAAAAUCAGAAAUCAGAGAGUUGUCGAGGCCCUCUACAAAAAUUUCACGAGACAAUGGGAUCUCUUCCAGCUCGAAUGAUGGAGCAGAUUUUACAGGCAAAUCCCAGGUUGUUCUUCCAGAAACACAACAUCAGCCUGGUAAUUCUAGUUCUGGAGAAAAGAAAGUUAAACCAGCGGACAUUGAGAAUGAAGAGAUGAAGAACAAACAAAUUGCACCAGCCAUAGAGGUAAUUCAGUUAAGUGAUGAUGAGGAGGAAGAUAAGAGCGUUGCAUUAAGCAAGCAAACACCAGAAGAUCUAGAUUCUCGUAUAUGGCACAUUGUAAGUCCACAUGGUAUCAAAAAGGACCAUUGCUCAAUGAGUUUGCUUAAAGAAUGGAGUGAUAUUUGUCCAGUAUCUUUGAAAUUCAAGGUUUGGAAGACUGGCCAGAGCCCUGAAGAAGCGGUUUCUCUGGCUGAUGUUAUUCAUCAGUUUUUUCCAGUUUAAGUGAACAAAAGUUUAGCGUUGUCCAAAUCUGCCUCAUACAGAAAACCAUAGAGAUAUAGCAAAGCUUUGUACAAAAUCCUUAUAGAGUUUUAAAGCGCAGCUUAUUCUACGAGUCGGUACAAACAGAUUACUUUAUUCAGAAGGAACCAAUGCAAAUGAAAUUUAUAACUCAA